AUGUGUGUCCCAUCAUCGACUAUUGAUUUAAGCACACAGGCAAAUCUCGACCAAGUCAAGACAACUCAUGUUCACUUGAAUUGGAAUGUUGAUUUUGACAAUCAAAAUAUUUACGGAAAUGUUGUUUUAGAUUUAGUUACUUUGAUAGAUGAUGUUGAUAAAGUUAUUUUGGAUACUAGUUAUUUGGAUAUUGAAUCAGUUUCUUUUGGCGAGCAAAAGUUGAAUUUUCAAGUAGCUGAAAGAUAUGCAAGCUUGGGAUCUGCUUUGAUAAUCGAUUUACCUAAAGUUGAAAAGGCAGGAACAAACUUUCAAAUUAAAAUUAAUUAUUCUACAACUGAAAAGUGUACUGCUGUUCAAUUCUUAACACCUGAACAAACUCUUGGUGGUAAACAUCCUUAUUUAUUCUCUCAAAGUGAGGCUAUCCACGGUCGUGCCAUGAUUCCUUGUCAAGAUUCACCUUCCGUCAAAGUAACUUAUUCAGCUUCCGUUAAAUCUCGUCUCCCUGUUGUUAUGUCUGCUCUUUUAACUGGUGUCGAUGAAGAUACUGAUGGCUUCAAGACAUAUCACUUUAGUCAAAAGACCACUAUUCCUUCUUACUUGAUUGCUAUUGCUGUCGGUAAUUUAGUAGGUCGUGAAAUUGGUCCUCGUAGCACUGUUUGGUGUGAACCUGAAAUGAUUGAACAAGCUGCUUGGGAAUUUUCUGAUACUGAAUCAUUUGUGGCCACUGGUGAAGCUUUAUUAACUCCUUAUGAAUGGGGUCGUUAUGAUCUAUUAGUUCUUCCUCCUUCUUUUCCUUAUGGUGGCAUGGAAAAUCCUUGUCUUACCUUUGUUACUCCAACAUUGUUGGCUGGGGAUAAAAGUGCUGUCAAUGUAAUUGCUCAUGAGAUUGCUCAUAGUUGGAUGGGUAAUUUAGUCACCACUAAUUCUUGGAAACAUUAUUGGUUAAACGAAGGAUGGACUGUUUUUAUUGAACGUAAAAUUCUUGGUCGUCUUAAUGGUGAAGCUACAAGACAAUUUGAAGCUUUAAGUGGCCUUAAGGCGUUACAGGAAAGUGUUGAAUUAUUUGGUAAGGAUUCUCCCAAGACAGUCUUGAAUCCUGACCUUCGUAAUGGUGCAGAUCCAGAUGACUUUUUUUCAAAGGUCCCUUAUGAAAAGGGUUUCAAUCUUUUAUAUCAUAUUGAAAAGGUUGUUGGUGGUCCUGCUAUCUUUGAACCUUAUAUGAAAGCCUAUGUUGAACAUUUCGCUUCUAAAUCUAUUUCUACUCAAGAUUGGAAAGAUUUCUUAUUCCAAUAUAUGGAAAAGACACAUGGUCCUGCUAUGAUUGAAAAGUUAAAUACAAUUGAUUUUGAUGCUUGGAUUAAUAAGCCAGGUAUGCCACCAGUGGAUCCUGACUUUGAUACUACACUUGCUGAUGCUUGUAUCGAUCUUGCAAAGCGUUGGGACAAGGCUCGCGAAGAUCAAGACUUAUCUUCUUUCUCUUCAAAGGAC